GAUCCACACAGCAUGUGAAAUUCUCAUUAAAUUAUAUGUAUAUAUAUAAAUGAUCAAAUUAAUCCCUUGAAAUCCUCUGCCCAAUCUCACUCCUCUUAAGUCAUAACAUUUUCAACCCCUAAGGACAGUCAGAGAGAGAAAGAGUCUCAAAUAUAAUCUUCAUCACCUACUCUUUGUCUGUUUACACUUUGUUUCUCUAACAAAAUUCCCCUCUGAGAAAAGAGAGAUCCAAAACCAAAAUAAUGCUGGGAAACUGUGAGAAAAUGCUUCUCAUUUCUUCAUCUCCUAACCAAUGGCCUCAAAUGAUGAAGAAUAAUAAUCAUCCAACCAAUUUAGAUCAUGAUCAUCAAAAGGGUUUGAAUCUUAUAGGCUCAUCUUCUGGAAUAAUAAUGGACAACAACAAACAAUUACCAACAUCACAAGAUCAAAAGACUCAACAAAAACAACAACAACAAGAACAACUCAGAUGUCCUCGUUGUGAUUCUUCCAACACCAAAUUUUGUUACUACAACAACUACAGCUUGUCUCAGCCUCGCCACUUUUGCAAGGCUUGUAAGCGUUACUGGACUCGUGGCGGCACGUUGAGGAACGUCCCCGUCGGUGGUGGUUGUCGGAAAAACAAGCGUCUCAAAAGACCUACUACUGCCUCUGCCACCGCCACCAUUACGCAUUCCUCGUCGUCCCCCGCCCCGACCGCCCCGGAUUCGACAUCUUCAUCUUCAACUUCCUGUAACACUAACCCACUUCAUAAUAUCUUUUAUGGCUCCACCUCUGAUCUGAACCUUCCAUUUUCCGGGUAUGAUCAUCAUCAUCAUCUUCAAACUCAUUUAAAUGCUCUUGGUUUAGGGUUUUCUUCUCCAAAUAUUGAUCAUAGGGACUUUAAUCUUAAUGGGUUCAAUUCAAGUUCACUCCUUUCAGGCUAUUCUAGUCUAUUUGGUAAUAACAACAAUAACCCAUCUUCUAAUUCAACCUCUAUUUCUUCGUUGCUUGCUUCUAAGUUUGAUCCAAAUCUUUUUGGAAACCUAGCUUCUUCUCAACCGUUUGAUGAUCAUGUGAUGGGAUCUAACGGUGGAAAUCAACUAGGGUUGAAUGUGAAAGAUGUGAAAUUGGAAGAUGGGAUGCAGAGGUUAAAUUGGGAGGAUGAUGAUCAACAACAAAAUCAUCAGACAGAUGAAAUUGUUGCUCAAUCUAAUGAUCAUAAUUCUCUUUUUGGUAAUAAUAAUUGGACCUCUCAAAAUUGGCAUCAUGAUCCACCAAAUCUUGCUUCUUCUAUCACUUCUUCCCUCAUCUAGGGAGAAAGAAUUUUAAUUUAAAAGAAAAAACCCCACUUUCUUGAUAUCUUCACUAGAUUUUAGAAUUUCUUCCUUUUUUUUUUCUCUCUACUUUGUUGUGAAGUUUAAUGGGUCUCAUUUGGUUCUUAAGGAAAAAAAAAAAGAAAAAGAAAAAAAGAAAAAUAGAAAGAGCAAACUUUGGGGAUCGGAGUGUUCAUGUCAGCAGCAAGAAGUAGGAAUUCAAAUUGAAAAGUUUGUGAAUUUUUCAUUUUCAUUUCCGUCUGGAUUUUGCGCCGAGAGGAACCUCGAUCCCUUUAGCUCAAUUGACAUACCAUAUGUGUUAAGAAUUAAAAAAUCUGUCGUUUGAAUCUCUCAUUCCGAUCAUCAUUAAUCAAUCUUCCACGCAAGAGAUUCUGUUGAAGCUUAGCUCUUUUGAAACUUUCAGAUUUGGAGGGUAGAAGUUGUCAUUUUUUUCCCUUUUCUUUAACUUUCCUCUUUUAUUUAAUUUCAGUAAGUUGGGUUUUAUUUUGUUUUUUUGUUGCAUUGUAAAUAUGGGGGAAAAAGAAAAAAAAAAUCUACUUGAUUUACACUAUUUCAGCUAGGUUUGUGGGGUUUUAGUGGGGGCUGGUAUAUGUUGCACUUCCUCAAUGAAAGAUUAGAUGAGGAAAGAACUUGACUUUUUUUUUUUGGGGUAAUUUUUCAACUUUUGUUAAUUUGGUGGGGCUGGGUAUAAUGAUGUUGAUGUCAUGGUAUAGAGAAAAGGGGGAGAUUUGGGUCUUUGGAAAACCUUUGUAUUAUUAAUCAGUUUAAAUUCAGCUCAUCAUAUGGUUUGAUCUGAAA